UCAUGCAUUGUUUCUGGUAUUGUCCUCAUGCUAAUUUAUUAUGGAAAGCCCUUACUGCUACUUUACCCACCCUUUUUAAUUUCCCUUGGACAUGGAAAUCUGAUCUUUUAGGGUUCUCUAAAAGCCCAUAACAUGUUGUCUAGCUCCCGUCGAUUUAUUAUAAUUAAAAACAUCUGGAAGGUCCGCUGCCAGGCUGCCUUGUCUUUCUCUUUCUUGCCUCUUGAAAUCGAAAUCCUCACCAUUUGUUCCAACCUUCAUAUACAAGUGUUGAACAUAGCAUCUUACUUGAAUGAAAACAGUCCUACCAAUGAUGAUUUUUACAAGCAGGUGAAAGAAUUAAAGUUUCAACUUCAGGCAAAGAUUUUGUCCAGCGCUCAGCUCCACAACUUGGCGAGAACUUUGUUUGCAUCCACAACAGGUCAUUUGCUGUACACUCUGCAGGGGGGGUGAUCUUUUGAGCUGUUAUGGACUGUGAAGGUUGUUUAAAAGAAGACAGAAAUUUGUUUCUUCCAUGGAUGAGGACAGAACAGUUAAUGGCUGCAACAAGGAAAGCAGUAAAUCUAACUACAAAGUACGUGGACUCCAUGAUGAAACAUGGAGAGUAUUCGCUGGUACAGGUGUGGGAAUUCGUCAAUCUCUUCCUCAACAAUCGCCAAAACUUAUGUAACGCCAGUACAGCCACCUGCCAUAGGAAAACCUGGAAAUGGGAAGUCUCGCAAGUAUUCCGUGAGUGUGCAGUUGGAGAAGACGUUCUAAGAGGGGAUGGCCCAUUUGGAUGAGCACCAAGAACAGUAUAAAUUAAUUUCUGCAAAGCAAGCUUUGGGUGUAAAAAGUGUAAUUGGAUGUAGUUUCCACCCUGCCAAUAGGAGAGUUUUCUAUACAAUGAAUGGUGAGCAGUUUUACUCUCAGACUUGCAAUUCAGGUGAGUUCAGUCAUCCUCUGUAUCCAACAAUUCCAGCCUACUAUGAUGUGACAGUGUUGGUAAAUCUUGGGCAGAGUCAGUUCAACUAUUUACCUGCUAAUUCCCAGAGGGUGGCUAAUCCACGUGUUAAAAUUUUACUCAAAAAUAGUUCUGUAAAGUCGCUCUCAAGAUCUGUUUAUGACAGUGAUGAUAUUUUCUCAACGAGCAGAAUUGAUGCACAGUGGCUAGGAAAUCUUGAGAGUUCCAAUUCAGAACUGCAACACAAACAUGUGUUUUUGGAGACUGAUUCAGUGUUUUUUGAGAUCCCUCUUGAUGAAAGUAAUAAAUAAAUGCAGACACUU